AUGUUCGAACCGAUUGUUGACCCCGCUGCUCGGGACCGUUCGACCAAAUUCCCACUGGACGGUCUAGCCUUCGACAUAUCUUCAAUGCCGCAAAAAACACUCAUAGCCCAUGGGAAGGCUGCGCCGGUCCUUCAUUCACUUGGGGGAGUACAAAUCGUGCGACUCUCCCGCAGCCUUAUCCUUAAGAGUGGUACAGGCGUUCUUGCUUCGGAAGGCGAAACAAUGAGAUACGUUAUGACGGCUUGUCCGGAAGUAAGGUUACCCAAAGUGCACCGCUACUUUAAUGUCGAUUCCCCCUCCUCAUACUUCGGUGUGGAAGGCUACAUAGUCAUGGACUAUGUGGAAGGCCGUUCUCUGGACAGCUGUUGGGACCAACUUAACCAAGAGGCACAAAAGGAUCUCGUCACUCAGGUCGCAGCCAUGGUCAAUCAGCUACAAUCUAUCCAUUCCGACAGCCCAGGUGUCAUUCACGGGGGGAUAUCUCGCGGUAUGUGGUUCAGCGACUACGGUGCAGGACCGUUUCCAACCAAAGCCGUGUUCGAGAAGUGGGUAAACUGGAAACUCGCCCUUAGUAAGCAUCUCAAGCAAGCGGCAGUAGAAGUUCCAGAAAUCUCAUAUCGUCACUUUGUCCUCACUCAUGGGGAUCUUAGUCCACGGAACCUGAUAUUGGAUGCUGAUAAUCAGCUUUGGCUGAUCGAUUGGGGCUGCGCCGGAUUCUACCCUCCGAUAUUUGAAGCUGCUACUCUGAAACACCAGGUGCAGUUUCGCAGUUUCACGCAACCACUGCUUCCGCUUAUCUAUAACAACACCGACGAGAUGGCGCAGCUUGAGAGCUGCUCAUAUGGUAUUAAUCGUGUUGUAUUUUCGCUCCCGCCGGAGAUGGCUGAGGCGGGCGUGACGGAUUACUAUAGGAGGAAAACAGUCGAAAACCAGGAAAUCUGCAGUAAGAAACAAUGA